CCCUCCUUUUCUCUCUGCAUUCUGCAACACGACAUCCCUCCAUAAACUAACUCAAACCAAACCUGCUCCUCUUUGUUUUCUUCUGCUUUCCAUCAACAAAUCAUCUGCAACUUUAAAGAAUUUCUUAACAAUUAAAUGAAUGCUUAUUUUAUUCAUCAAUCCAGAGUUCGUUGAUCGCCUCACCCACUUAUACCCACUUUAAAAAAUCCAUUUUUUCGCCAUACCCGUUAUUUUUUUAAGCGUCGUUUAUCGUUUGUUCUGGAGAAAAUGAAGUGUUUUCAUUUCACGAAUGGAGAGAGAAGGGACGACGACGACGGCGGCGGUGUGGUCGGGUCCAGGGUGUCGAGGGUGUCGUGGACGCGCUCCUUGAGUGUGGCGUCCAGUAGUGUCGAUACCAGGCGGUUGGAGUUUGAUUAUGAGUCCAGGGACUUCUCUGACUCGGCUGCCAGUUUCUAUGAGUUCCUGACGCACCGGCGCGCCAACAAUCUGCGGGUUUUCUCCAUUCAGGGGCAUAAGGAAUGGAUUAAUGAAGUUAGUUUCUUGGGGGUGGUGAAACACCCAAAUCUUGUAAGGUUGGUGGGAUAUUGUGCUGAGGAUGAUGAGAGAGGGAUUCAGCGGCUUUUGGUCUAUGAGCUUAUGCGAAACAAAAGCUUGGAGGACCAUUUGUUGGCUCGGGUUUCAUUACCCCUCCCAUGGAUGGCUAGAUUGAAAAUUGCUCAAGAUGCUGCCCGGGGUUUGGCUUAUCUGCAUGAAGAAAUGGAUUUUCAGCUAAUAUUUCGAGAUUUUAAAACAUCAAAUAUUCUUCUGGAUGAGGAUUUCAAUGCAAAACUUUCAGACUUUGGACUAGCUAGGCAAGGACCACCUGAAGGACAUGGCCAUGUUUCCACAACAGUUGUAGGUACAGUAGGUUAUGCAGCUCCAGAAUAUGUACACACUGGCAGGCUAACUGCUAAGAGUGAUGUUUGGAGCUUUGGGGUGGUUCUCUAUGAGCUUCUCACAGGAAGGCGGGCAGUGGAGAGAAACCUACCUCGCAGUGAGCAGAAGCUCUUGGAAUGGGCAAGACCUUACGCAUCAGAUGCAAAGAAAUUUCAUCUUAUUGUAGACCCUCGACUUGAAGGACAAUAUUCCAUCAAAUCAGCUCAGAAACUGGCAUCCUUGGCAAACAAAUGCCUAAUGAAAAAUCCAAAGUCUCGCCCUAAAAUGAGUGAGGUGGUUGAGAUUCUAGGAAACAUCAUCAGUGAGAGUUCAUCCCAAAAUGAAGGUGAUUCUCAACCUGUCAGUGAAGCUGAAGAUGUAAAAGAAGAAAGUGAAGUGGAGACUGAGUCAGAGUCUAGAAAACAACAAGGUAACAGUAACCGAAAAAGGGUUUUUGAUAUCAAAGAAAUGGUUAGCUUAAGAAAUAAAUCUCUUGGCAAGUUAGAUUGGAGAAAUUGGACUCCUGGAUUAGUAAGGACAUGGUAACCCUUUCAGCCUCUGUUAAUGAAAUAAAUUCAUAUGCCUUUGACAACGGCAGAUGAAUGCAUUUCAUUCCUCAAGGACCAGACACAGAUAUAGUCCAAUUGGAGGGUGUUUCUCCAAUUCAUUUUUGUUUUGGAAGGUAGUUGUAUAUAGAGUUCAAAGGGAAACUGUGGUCAAAUAGGCAUUG